AGAUGUACGGAUAGACAGUAGGUAGAAGAACAAUACUUUAAUAUGAGCUUUCGCCAUUCCUUCCCACGGCUUCUGCCCCGUACAGUGCUUUGGCUUUCCAGGUCUCUCGUGUUUCUAUAUCCUGACAAGAAUGGUUGCCAGCACACCAGGCUAUGAUCGCAGCAUGACCGGGGGGGCGCCAGCUUCCCUCGAAGAUCUGCGUACCUGUCCCAAGCCGGUGGAAGAGAAGACAUUGCCCAACGAGAAGGAUGUGAAAAAUGAAGUGGACAUCAACGCCGAUAGUGUCACCUCAUAUGGAGAAGCUGUCGGAGAAACCGUUGAGAGCAGUGCCAAGGUACUGGAGACGGCGGACGACAUCGUCACUCAGGUUCUUGCUGUCGAAGAUGAUCCUUCAAUUAAUCCCUGGACUUUCCGCAUGUUCUUUCUUGGCAUUGGUCUGUCUGUUUUUGGCUCCGUGCUUCAGGAAAUCUUCUACUUCAAACCACAAACAAUCUAUGUCUCUCAGGUUUUCUUGACGGUCAUUGCAUAUGUUUUGGGAGAAGGUAUGGCCUACCUGAUACCCCGUCGCGGGCGUAUUGGGCAUCUCCUGAAUCCGGGGCCGUUCAAUGCCAAAGAACACGCUGCGAUUUCGCUCAUGGCUUCAGCGGCUUCCCAGUCUGCACUCGCUACCGAGGCAUUGGCUGCCCAGCAGCUUUUCUACGGUGGCUAUCCGAGUCACGCUGCAGGUAUCUUCAUUACAUUGUCCUCUCAGCUCAUCGGUUACGGCAUCGCUGGUUUGCUCAGGGAUGUCAUUGUGCGCCCGACCAAGAUGCUCUGGCCGAUGACUCUGCCUAUUAGUAGUUUGCUCGAAUCUCUCCACCGCCACAAGAGCGAGUCGAAAUCCAAGAUGAAGAUAUUUUAUGUUGUUUUCUUCAUCUUGUUUUUCUGGGAAAUUGUGCCCGAGUACAUAUUUCCAGUCCUUGAGGGAGUUUCGAUCUUCUGUCUUGCGAACCAAAAUAGCAUGGUAUUCACAAAUCUUUUUGGCGGAGCAUCAGGAAACGAGGGACUCGGGUUUCUGGCUUGGUCAUUUGAUUGGCAAUAUAUUGCAUCGCUUGGGUCGCCUCUGUGGUUACCUUUGUACGCCUUGACGAAUAGUCUCAUCGGGUACAUCGGAUGCAUUGUCCUGUUCAUGGCCGUCUACUACAAAAACGUCUGGAACUCUCAGAAUUUCCCAUUCCUUUCCCAGCUGCUCUUCUACGGAGACUCAAAUUCGACAAACUAUCACACCUACAAUCAAACUCUUAUCAUGAACGAGGACUUCACAAUCAACCAAGAUCUCCUUCGCCAGCAGGGACUCCCUUGGCUCACCGGAACAUACGUCUGCUACCUGAUUACGUCCAACAUGGGCCUUACAGCUACAUUCACGCACAUGCUGCUGUGGAAUUUGGACGAUAUCAAAGCCGGGUGGGAGUGGGCGUCACCUAAGAAACUGAAGAAAUGGCUCCAACCGUCUUCCUGGAAGUUCUGGGCGAACCAGGAGACACCAGAAGAACGCCUGCAGCGACGACUCAACGACCCCAAGCUGGAUCCCCAUUACAAACUCAUGCUGCGGAACUUGUAUCAAGAGACACCGCACUGGUGGUGGGGGGCCAUUCUCGUUGCAAGCUUCGCAGUCGGACUAGGCUGUCUCUAUGCCAUGAAAUCAACCCUUCCGUGGUGGGGUUUCAUCAUCGCCAACCUGCUGACGCUGCUGUUUAUGCUCUUCUUUGGUGCACAAUAUGGUAUUACCGGAUUCCAGUUCAAUGUCCAGCCCAUUUGCCAGAUGCUUGCGGGAUACAUGUUCCCCGGUAAACCCCUAGCGAAUCUCUACUUCACCUGCUUCACCUACAACUCCCUCCAAAUGGGACAGGUGCUUGCAAAAGACCUCCGACUGGCGCAGAACCUGCACAUCUCACCUAUAUGCACAUUCACAAUCCAAGUGACAGGAUGUAUCGUCGGCGCGCUCUUCAACUACAUCAUGAUGUUGACCAUCGUCCAAAACCAAGGCUCGGUCCUCAAAUCCAUCGAAGGCACCAACAUCUGGAGCGGUCAGAACAUUCAGCAGUUCAACACCCUCGCCAUCGCCUGGAGUAUAGCCAAGGACAUGUUCUCCAUCGGCGGCCGCUACCAAUGGGUCACGAUAUCCUACCUGCUCGGCUUCGCCGUCCCGCUUCCCUUCUGGCUCCUCAACCGCUGGCGCCCCCACCGAAUCUUCAGCUACCUCAACCUCUCCAUCAUCCUCUGGUACAUGGGCUGGUUAUUCGUGGGCAUCAACGCAUCCAUCCUAGCGUAUUUCACAAUCGGCUUCUUCGCUCAAUGGUGGUUGAGAAAAUACCACCCGCGCUAUUUCACAAAGUAUAAUUACAUCGUCUCUGCGGCUCUCGACGGAGGCACGCAGGUGUGUGUGUUUAUUUUGACCUUUGCGGUCUUUGGAGGAAGUGGGAAGAGUUAUCCUUUUCCGACAUGGGCUGGAAAUCCCGAUACUUCAGUUCAUAAUCUCGACUAUUGUAAGCUGAAUACUGCGACUACCAGCUAGAGAAUCCGAGGGUUAGUUGGAUUUGGAUUGUGUCGAGGAAAAGGAGUUUAUGGAUAACGAUAAGCCUAUGAUGUAGUUGUAUGAGAAUGAUAUAUACAUAUAUAAUGCUACCUGGGUUGGCAGAUCUUACCGUUGCUAAACAAAGGUGUUUUUUUAUUAUUAUUGUUGUUGGAAUGUUCGAA